AUGUCCUCUCAAGACCUCUUCUCCAAACCUUGGUUUGGCUUUGAUCUAGACGACACCCUCCACGAGUUCCGGCGAGCAUCGGCCUCGGCCUCAGACCACGUUUUUCAAACUAUUCACACUGCACACAAUCAUCUCAGCAUUGAUACUCUGAAAGAUUCAUACCAAGUCAUCCUGCGCAACGCAACCGCCAAUGCCUUCACAGACGGCAGAACCUCCACAGAGUACCGAUGGGAACGUUUCGACCGUCUCCUACAGACACACGGGAUCACUGAUACCGUUCUUCUCGAGACUCUGUUAGAUGUAUACCGUGACUCUUUACGGGCAAAUUUGACACUCAAGGACGGUGCCUUGCAGCUGCUACAGACACUCCACCAACAAGGAAAAAAGGUCACUGUAAUCACUGAGGGCCCGGCAGAUGCCCAGGAGUGGACUAUACACGAACUUGGCAUACAUCCUUACAUCGAUGUUCUCGUAACGACGAACGAGAUCGGCAGGUCUAAAUUGGAUGGAUUGUUCGGCGCUGUGUUGAAGAAGUACAACAUUGCUACGAAAGAUAUCAUUUACUUUGGUGACAACCAAGUUCGCGACGUCCAAGCUGCACGUGCAGAGGGGAUCCUGGCCGUACUUUACGAUACGGCAGGGAGUGCUGAGUUGGAAGAUACAAAUGCAUUGCGGGUGAAUUCGUGGGCGACUGUAGAAAAUAUACUCGUCCGUGGAGAGUAA